UAAGCUGGAUCUCCAUCCUUGUUCCCUCAAAUUUGCUUGGUGAUUCAGCUUUGUCUUCCACAGAAGGCCUUUCGUUGCUUUCUGGACGAAGGAGGAGGAUAUGGAUCUCUAUCUUCUCUAUUUUCUCUGGCCUUUUGUUUCUUUCACGGGCUGUUCAUGUCACUGUUCAUGUGACUGUUUCAGCUCCAGCUUAG